CCAUUGCCUCCACCUCCAACCUCCAAACAGGGCCUCUUAACCACCUCCAACAACCCAAUCCACCACUCAAUCGACCCCAGCGCGCACCUCACCUCGAUCUACAAUCCCAAAACAACACCACCACCAAACCAAUUGACCACACAAUAACCACACCCACCUCACCUGACAAUCACCGCGCGCACCACCCCACAACCGCCACCAUGGCCUCCACCGGCAUCAGCACCCCCGCCUCCGAAGGCGGAACCCCUCACUACAACGAGACCGAAGCGCACAACACCACCCUCGUGACCCUCGCCGACCUCAGCGCAAAAGGCACAAGCCACUACGCCCAGCGCCAGUACGGCGAGGCGGCCGACCUAUUCGCUCGCGCCGCCGAGCUGCAGGCCGAGUUGAAUGGCGAGAUGGACCCUGCGAAUGCGGAAGUGCUGUUCCUGUACGGACGCAGCUUGUUCAGGGUCGGGCAGAGCAAAAGCGAUGUCCUGGGCGGCAGGGCGGGGGGGGAGAAGAAGAAGAAGGAUGUGAAGCCGAAGAAGGAGGAGGGUGGGGCGGGGUUGGCGGUUAUUGCUGAGGGGGCGGAGAAGGCGGAGGAGAAGGCGGAGGAGGCGGUGGAGAAGAAACCGCUGUUUCAGUUUACGGGGGAUGAGAACUUUGAGGACUCGGAUGACGAUGAGGAUGCUGAGGCGGAGGAGGAGGAGGAGGAUGAUGAGCUCGCUACUGCGUUUGAGGUUCUUGAUCUGGCGCGUGUGCUGUUUACGCGUCGUCUUGAGGAAGUCGCUGCUGCUCCUGCUGAAGACGCGGGGAAGGGCAAGGAGGCGGAUACGGGCGAUAGCUCGUUGACAAGACACGUUAAGGAGCGCAUUGCUGAUACGCACGAUCUGCUCGCUGAGAUCGCGCUGGAGAGCGAGCGCUUCCCGAGCGCCGUGGCGGAUUUCAAGGCCGCGCUGGGCUUGAAGAAGGAGUUGUACGAGAAGGCAUCGGAGAUCAUCGCUGAGGCGCAUUAUAAGCUCAGUUUGGCGCUGGAGUUUGCGAGUAUGACGACUACGGGGGAGGAGGGAGACGAAGCUCCGGCUGCGGCUAAGGAGGGAGUGGUGGAUGAGGAGAUGAGGGGGGAGGCUGCCGAUGAGAUGCAGAGCGCGAUUGAGAGUACAAAACUCAAGCUGGCAGCGAGAGAGGCCGAGGAGGAGCAGACGGAUGAGACAGCGAAGCAGAUUAAGGAUGUCAAGGAGAUUGUGGCGGAGAUGGAGCAGAGGCUCACCGACCUCCGCGCACCCCCCAUCGACAUCAGCGCCGCCCUCAACGGGCCCCCCGGCGCCGGCUCAUCCGGCGUAAUCGGUUCGAUGCUCGGCGAGACGGCAGCACAGACAGCACAGCGCGUUGAGGAGGCCAAGAAAGGCGCAACCGAUCUGUCGGGGAUGGUGAGGAAGAAGGAGAAGAAGGAGGUGAAUGGGAACGGCAAGAGAAGCGCCGAGGAGGCAGGCGAGGGGAAUGGAGAGGGUGGGAAGAAGCCUAAGGUCGAGUGA